UCUGCACCGUUAUCUGCAGGGACUGUACUGCUCUAAUGGCUCAAACUCAUGCUGCAGUGACUGGGAAUAGCCUCCUAGCAUUGUGUCUUAACCCCUUGCGCCACAAGGGAGGCCCGGAUACAUUAUAAAUUUUGGAAUGAACUCCUUGUCAGAUGUGUGACAUGCAAAUAUUUUUUAUAUUCUAUAGGGUGCCUUUCUGUUUCUAUGCUGGUUUCUUUUGAGUUCCAAAAGCUUUUAGGUUUGGUGUUGUCCCACAUGUUGAAUUUUGCUUUUCUUUCCCUUGGUGUUGGGGUUGUGUUCCCUAAUGCAUUUUGUAGCAGCUGUCCUAUAGUGUACCCCUUAUUUGCUUUCAGUACUUCAUGCUUUGGGCUCUUAUGUCCAAACGUUUCAGCCAUUUGGAAUUAGUUUUCUGUAUGGAGUUUUGAAUGGGUCUUGCUUCUUAGUUUUGCAAGUCACUAUACAUGUUUCCUGAAACCAUUUUUUAGGAAGAUAUAUUUAUGCAUGGAAGAACUGGGGUGUAGACCAGAUGUUCCGGGCUUGAGAGGGUCCACCAGAAAGAAAGUAAGGAGCAGAACACAUAGAUCCACUGCAAUGCACUGCUGAGGGAAGCAGUGAGGGAGACAGGAACCCUUGACCUUCAGAGAUGUGGCCGUAGAAUUCUCGCAGGAGGAGCAGGACUACCUGGACCCGGAACAGUGGGAAUUUUACCAUGAUGUUAGAGGCCUACAGGAACCUGGCGUCCUUGGGUCUUGCUAUGUCUAAGCCUGACCUGGUCGUCUUGUUGGAGCAAAAGGUGGAGCCCUGGGAUGUGAAGAGAAGUGCAAAUCCCGUCCUCCUCCCAGCCAUGUCUUCUCAAGACGACCAGGACUGCAUACCACAGUCAGGCACAGAAGAUUUAUUCCUAAAUGUGGGACCGGGAGGAGAUGGAAUCGACACCUUUGAGAAUUUAGAAUUAUUGAAAGAUCAGACAUGUCAAGAGGCAUGUGAAGGGCACAACAGUUGUUGCGAUGAAGAUGGCCGAGCAGCGACAAUUAUCCAUAGUAAAAUUUCUCCUGCAAAAACUGAUCCAGUGUGUAAACCAUGUUGGGUAAAACUCCAUUUUAUGUGUGUUGCAUGUAUAGAUAAAUAUGUUUCUGUUAGCAAAGAUCCAUGUGGCAUUUUUACCAAUACACAUUCUCAGAGAGGAAUAUUGGAACAUAUGGGAAGUCCCCUAGUCCAUAAUGGAAAUGAUUAUUCAAAACAUUGUCACCAUGGGGUAGGUUUAAACUUUGUGUCAAAUCAUUCUCAACAUCAGAGAAUUAGAAAGGAAGAUGAAAAAUCUACACAGGAUCCUAUUGAGGAGUCCUCAAACCUUCUCCAAUAUCAGACAAUUGGUGAGAAACCUUACAAUUGUAAAGAUUAUGGCAAAGAUAACACAUGCUGCUCCAGCCUUAAUGAACAUCAGAGAAAGAAACGGCGUAAAUGUGGAGAGCAUGGUAAAGGCUUUUAUUGGCAAUCACAGUUGACUCGACCUCUAAGAAGUCAUACUAGAGAAAAGCAUUACAUGUGUCCAGACUGUGGUAAAGCCUUUCUAUAUUUGUGUCGCCUUUCCCAACAUCAGAGAGUUCAUAAUGGUGAGAAACUUACAAAUGUGAAGAAUGCUGAUGGCCCUGAAGUGAAGAAGAAUGUUCCCUCACAGGGGAUGGUGUCAUUUGAGGACGUGGCUGUGAACUUCAUCUGGGAGGUGUGGCGGGACCUCAGUGAUGCUCAGAUGACCCUGUACUGGGAUGUGAUGCUGGAGACCUACAGUCCCUGGUGUCACCAGGCAAGGAAACACCUUUGUAAUCCUCAAGUGUAA